CGGCCGUAUAAAAGAUCAAGAGCACGUAUCGACGCGAGAAGACGACGGUCGUUGUCGACUGGAAUGAGCUUGUUUUUAUAAAUCUACAAUUCCAGUAUGAGCAUAUCAACCAGUAAAAGAAUGGAUGAAAUCAAACGGCAGAUGUCAGUCCAUCGACAGAAUCUACUUUGUGUUUGCCGGUUGUCAAUAAAAGCACUAAUUGCUCAGUCGCAAUACCAGGCAACGGAUGACUCCUGUCCUGAGUUCAAGAAUUUUGCUACUAUCAUGGAGCACAUACUUAGUCACAGACUUAAAGGUCAGGUGACAUGGUUCGGAUUAGAGGAACCCCGUGACUUUUGGCAUUUCAUCCGAGUUGUCUGCGGUAAUACACAUGAUGGUUGCAUUGGUAAUGUGGCUCAUAUGGAGUCGGUGCGGUCACCAAAGGCAAAGGGCAGAGCAUGGCUGCGGAUGGCACUAAUGGAGAAAAAACUUGGAGAUCACAUUGCAAUUGCUUUACAGAAUGACAAAGCACUAAGAGCUUUUUAUAGAGAAGGAGCAUUCCUUAGAAGUGAAGAGGCUCAGAUAUUGGUUCAAUCUCUCGAGUCCCUGCACUCAUUAGACUUCAGCUGCUGUGUGAAGGGAGAGAAGCUGGAAAUAGGAGUAGCCAGUGUGAUUGACUAUGCACAGUUUCUCAAGACCCAGCUAAGUGAUGGUGAUAACCAAGAAGCUUUGAUGAAGGAUCAACAACUCUUCGCUCCCUCUCUUUCAUCAAGGGGAGAUGAGUCAUCUAUGAAUGAGAAACUUUCACAACUGCAGAAUCAAUACAGAGUAGCAUCAGCUCAAAAGGAUUAUAUGGAGGAGACAGCCAACCAGAAGGAACAACAGUUGGUUGAGAGUAGAAAGAAAAUACAAACACUGGAGAACCUGGUUAUUCAGUUACAAGAACAAGUGGCGAGUUUGAAAGAAGCCCAGCUGAUAUCACGUCGUGAACUAGAAGAACAUUUGAUUGCUGGUCAGUGGCCAUUACAGGAUAGAAUAAGGACGUGUGCAGUGAGAACAGACCAAGAUGAGAUUGCGUUAGACAGUAUUUCAAGUCAGCUUUCUCCUCUCGAUCAAUCAAGCAUCCAGAGUUUUGGUCCUCCUUCUGUCCAUCAGAGAUCAAUCAGUCCAAUAUCAUCUAGCUCAGGAAUAUCAGCAACGGAAGGGUCAGGAGACCCAAGGACUGUCCCCUAUUCUAUUCCAAGGUUUGCUCGUAAGGAGAAGGAAGAGACACCCUCACUAGUAGCAUUGGCAGGGUCUUUUACCUCACAGUUAAGUGCCAUAAGUGUGAGAUCUAAUGAAACAAAUAGCUCUGGAAUGUCAGAAAAUCAACCUGUAAAUCUAGCAAGGAACCUGUCUCCAGAUUCUCUUAGUGCAGUCUCAUUUGCAUCAGCAUCUGAAGCAAGUCCAAUGCUGUCAUAGUAAUAUCCUUCAGAUUGAAUUUACUACAGUUUCUAUAUCGGGUCCUAAUCGUUAUUUUAUGCAAAUUUGUUCUUAAAUGAUUAUUUAUUAACUUUCUGUGCCCAUUCAAUCAAUUCUCAGUAUUAAGAAACAAGUUGAAAGUGCAUGAAGAUAAUGUCUUGUCUUUUCAAGAUGUAGACUGAUUUCCUGUCAAAAAGCAUAGAAAUAGAAUCAUUAGUGUACACAUUUCAAUUCAAAAUGAGUUUAGUAUUUGUUUAAAAAAAUUAAAUCUAGAAAACAAAAUAUCUAAUUUGAACAAGGACAGAUCACUGGUUGUAUAGUUGUGCAUUAAUUACAAAUAGCUUGAUGAAACAGCACCCGCAUUUCAAAGUUUAUCAACAUAACAUUCUAGAGUUUUUAUCCACCGAAACCUCCUAGCAGCUAUAUCUUUGUGGAUUCAACUUGGGUCAUCACUGCCUUGCAGAUCUGCGAAGUGUAAUUAAAAUAUGUACCGGUAGCCAGGAAACUUCAAGUAUAAAGAAACUGUUUUCUUUUGCUAAUUAAGGAAGGAAAUAACUAAAUAUCUAACAUUCGCAGAAUAUUAUUGGGUAGAAAAACAAAUAUCGUUUGGUGGCAACCACCCCCUCCCCCCUUCGGCGCACCUGAGUCAUUGAAAUACUAUAAAGUAUAUUUACCUGGGAGGUUUUUUCUCCUUCACCAUCAAAAUAGCAAGUAAAGUGUUACUUCACCAAAGUUGCCUCUUCCUGUGUCCAUCUAGAGUAUUCUCUCUCUGUAAUUAAAACAACAACAAACUAGAUGGAUCUUUGACUGCGUGCAGUAGAGAAUAUGCCUUAGCCAUCACUCAAUUUUUAUAUUAAGCCUAAUUUUAAUUAACAUGUUCUGAAUUGAUUCUCUAUACUCUAAAAAGGUGGUCCACCUGAUAUUGAAAAAUCACAGAGCUAUUUUAUUAUGAGCCAAUAACAAGGUCUUAGACAUUGUUCUCAUUAUACUUUCUAAAACUGGUUUACUGGAAAUCGGUUCAGGAAACCAGUCUGGAAGAUCGCUUUGCUAGCGUUCCCAUUUGAUCACUUGAAAGUGGUUUUCAAAACCACUUCAUGUAAAGCAGUCCUGUUGCUAUUGGAAGUCUCUCAAUGGGGUAACAUGUUUCAUGCAAAAUUUGAAACCGCAGCGUAGGCAUUCCACUUAAAGUGUGUGGAGUAGCGCGCUUGAAAUGUGUGAAGAUCGCUUCCAAAAGAACGGUUGUGUCCUCACUUAUGCUAAAACCAGUUUAACGAGGCAAAGCGAUCUUUAAAACUACAUCGCGCGGCAGUUUUCUGAACCGGUUUGGAGGAUUGCUUCCAAGACCGCUUCGACCGUUCUCAUUACGCAUUAAACUACUUUCCAGUAAAUUAAUAUGAGGACGGUAAUGAGAAUAAUGUCUUACAGUCUUUUGAGCCCUGUGACCAAUGACCUCAUGGCCCUAAAUCUAUUGACUUAAUUGGCUCCUCAAGUUACAUACAUAGACAAAGAUUGUUGAGAAUCAGUCGGCUCUUAAUGCAUAUUAAUCAGUUCAUUGGCUCCUCAAGUUACAUACACAUGCCAAGUUUGGUGAGAAUCUGCCAAUGGGUUCUUGAGAUGAUGGGAUCACGAGCCAUUUUCGCAUUUAUAAUGAGCUCUGUUAAAUUUGACCUCACGACCCCCAAAUCUUCACAGUUCAUUGGUUUCUCAAGAUACAUACAUAAACCAAGAUUGGUGAGAAUCCGCCAGUGGGUUCUUGAGAUGACGCGAACACGUGCCAUUUUGCAUAUAUAUACACUCAGCAAAAAAAGUUCUUGGACACUUAAAAAAGUUAAAA